GGCUCAUUUUGUGUUUGGCGUUUUAAAUUGUUAAGACUUAACUUUGCUCAUAUUUUUGUGCUUAACCAGACCUUGUCUGCAUAGCAUUCACUAAAAUCAGACAUGAAAUAAAGGUAAAUGGCAAUUCAAAUCAAUUACAGUUUGAGUCUGUAAACUGAAUAGCAAGAGUUCAAUUUUCCAUGCAACAACUUGCAUUGUUGCAUGGGCAUAAACGCAGCCUCCGUCCUUAACCACAUCAUCAAUGGCGAACCCACCACCCCCAAAUUGCCAAUAUUAUCUUCUGAAUCCAAAGCCUUAACCGCCACAAUCAUCAACCAUCUUCGUUUAGGCCGACUUGGGAAAGCCAUCUCCGUUUUAUUCUCGGCUCCAGUACCUUUCCCUUUUGCUCUCUAUGCUCAUCUCUUCAGAAUUUGUGCAUCACAGAAAGCUAUUGUCGAAGUCCGUAAAGUGGAGUCGCAUUUGGUCAGUUUUGCUCCAACCCCUCCUGUAUUCUUGCUAAAUCGAGCUAUUGAAGCGUAUGGUAAAUGUGGGUGUUUGGUUGAUGCACGAGAGCUGUUUGAUGAAAUGCCCCAAAGAGAUGGUGGGUCUUGGAAUGCGAUGAUAACUGCUUAUUCACAAAAUGGGUAUGCUAAGAAGGCAUUGGGUGUUUUUUCUGAUAUGCAUAAGUCUGGGGUUUUCGCUGCUGAGGUUACUUUUGCGGGUGUUCUUGCUUCGUGUGCGUCUAGUUUGGCAUUUUGGGUUUCUAGACAGGUGCAUGCGCUUAUUUUGAAAUAUGGUUUGGGUGGUAAUGUGAUUUUAGGGAGUUCGCUUGUGGACGUGUAUGGCAAGUGUAGGAGUAUGGGUGAUGCACGGAGAAUGUUUGAUGAAAUUGAGAGGCCAAAUGCUGUUACUUGGAAUGUGAUUGUUAGAAGGUAUCUUGAGAUGGGUAAUGGAAAAGAGUCUGUCUUUUUGUUUUCCAAAAUGAUUAGUCUUAAUGCGAGGCCGAUGACAUUUACAGUCUCGAACGCUCUAAUUGCUUGUACUUGUUUUGGUGGAUUUUGUGAAGGAAUUCAAAUUCAUGGAUUCAUUAUCAAGAUUAAUUAUGAAGAGGAUGAGCUGGUUUCGUGCUCUCUGAUUGAUGUGUAUGCUAAAUGUGAGGAUUUAGCGUGUGCUCGCACAAUUUUUGACCUGCUAUCCCCUAAAAAUUUGAUUCAUUGGACUUCUAUGGUGUCAGGAUAUGCCAUGAGUAGGAAAACCAGGCAAGCAAGGGAUCUUUUUGAUAGGAUGCCUGAACGCAAUAUAGUUUCAUGGAAUGCAAUGCUAGCAGGAUAUGCACAUAAUUUACAAUGGGAUGAAGCAAUGGAGUUAAUAAUUUUAAUGUGCAAUGAUACGAGGGACAUUGAUCGUGUGACUGUAAGUUUGAUCCUAAAUGUUUCUGCACGGCUUUCAGAUGUUGAAUUGGGGAAGCAGGUUCAUGGAUACAUGUAUAGGCAUGGUUUCUACUCCGACUUGGGUGUUGCCAAUGCGCUUCUUGAUAUGUAUGGGAAAUGUGGGAACUUGAGAAAGGCUAGAGCUUGGUUUUACGAAAUGAGUCAUUUCCGAGAUAUGGUUUCUUGGAAUGCUUUGUUGAGUAGCUAUGCUCGUCAUAGGAUGAGUGAAGAAGCUUUAGUAAUUUUCUGGGAAAUGCUAGGAGAGGCGACCCCUAGUAAAUUCACUUUUGCUACUCUCUUGGCGGUUUGUGCAAAUAUUUUUGCUCGUGAACAAGGUAAACAAAUCCAUGGGUUUAUGAUUAGAAAUGGUUAUGAUUUGGACAUCGUGAUCCGAGGAUCUUUGGUUGAUAUGUAUUCCAAAUGUCGUUGUCUUGACUGUGCACUGAAUGUUUUCAUUGGGACUCCCGUGAAAGAUGUUGUUCUCUGGAAUUCUCUGUUGCUGGGAUGUUAUUAUAACAAACAAAGUGAAGCAUUAUUGAAAUUGUUUGAGGCGAUGAUGGAGGAUGGGGUGAAGCCAGACAGUACUACCUUACGAGCUGUACUGCUUGCAUGUAUUUCUCAGGGUUAUGUGAAAUUGGGUGGACAGUAUUUCAAUUCACUUAGUCAUGAUUAUUUUAUUAUACCACAACCGGAGCAUUAUGAAUCGAUGAUAAAGCUAUAUGGUCUGCAUGGAUUCUUUGAUGAGCUUGAAGAUUUUGUUAAGAAGAUGCCAUUUCAACCCACAGUCCCUAUGUUAACAAGGGUUUUUGACUCUUCCAAAGCACACAAUAACACGAGGUUAGGAAAAUGGGCUGUCAGACAUCUUAAUCUUCUAAAGGACUGAAAUUUUCUAUUCCGUUCUGCUUCAAAGUUAUAGACAAGAUCUAACUUGUAACAAGGUUGGACAAAGCAAUUGUUACUAGGACAAGUAGACACAAGCCUGCUUAUGCACUUUGGAACUUUUUCAGUGUGCCAAAUUGCUGAAUAUUGCUCUGGGACAAAAUAUUUACUGGAGCCAAAUACUGCAGAGAAGCAGAUCUCUAGAAAGUGCUUGAACUGAUAAAUAUGUGCAUUAUUCGAGCACAACAAUAUUUUUAAACUGUAAUACGUUGCUGUUUAGGUGGCCGCUGCAUAAACUCCUAAUGUUAUAAUCAUUUGUGGUGGCUUUGACAUUUGCAAGUUUCAACAAUGAAGUGGUUGUGUGCAGUCAUAACUUGAGUGGUCUCGAACAGAUAAUUGGGAGCUGAUCUUUCUUUUCCUGGCUUGUUUAUUGGACCUGGAUAACAUGGAUAUAUUUCUAAGAACAACUUUACAAGAGAAUUUAAAGUUGGGUAAGGAUCAACAACAACAACAUACCCAGCCACAAAGUGGAGUCUGGGGAGGGUAAAGUGCACGCAGUCCACACCACUGCCUCAGAUGAAGUAGAGUGUUGUUUCCGCUAGACCCCUGGCUCAGGACAGUUGGGUAAGGAUAUAAGAACAGAGUUUUGGAGUACUUCCAGCUUUACUGUGACAUUAGCUUAUUACCUACUCAGGUAACCGUCUGGACAGAAGCUGACUUUGACCAGUGAAGAAAGGAAAUCUAUUCAAUCAAACAACAGAUUUGAGGUCAAUCCCCUGGAGAAAGUGGAUCUAAUAUUCUGACAAGGUUGCUUCAGAGAAACUGCACAUCAGGCUUUUCACUUGAGCAUGGUAGAACUAGUCUAGUGUGAUCAUGGGCGAAGAGACUGGUUCUUAAUUAAGAUAUGAUGUAAGUUAAGUAUGUGAAAGAGCCAUUCUAUGUGGAUUGGACUCCAGUUGCUGCCAUUGAGCCAGCUAACACGACUACCCAAGACAGAUGGGUGAAAAUAUGAUACUGGAUUGGGUUGAGCUGACUACAGGAGGACCACAUACAAGCUCAUCGUAGUCCUGCAGGCUGCAAGAAGUAGAACAAGGCUGGCUGAUCAGAGUAAGUCUAGUUCUAGGUCAAUUCGGAAGGUAAACAAUAGCAAAUACAAGGGCAUCCUGGAAUUACAAAUCUACUAUAGGUGAAAGUGAAGAUCUUAAAAUUUUGUUUUGUUAAUUUAAGCACUAGCCCGUUUAUAAUGAAACAUUAUACUUUGGAUAUUUCAUAGUUUAGGACAGCCAAAUUGGAAGACAAAGUUUGUUAUCAUACAUAUCUUUCUCAUU